GAAUGUAAUCGGUUCCCAAUUUAUCCCGUGUGACCUUGAGUCUUUCCUGCCUCCGAGGACCGGGGCUGUCUGAGAUGCUGCCUUCAUAACCGUUUUCCUCUCCUCGACUCUCACUGACCCCAGAGCCGCCGCGGCCGGAACGGAAGGACGGGCUGUUUUCCACCACCAUGCUGCGGAGCGCAUUAUCUGUAUGCCUUGACUUAGGGAGCCGCGGUCUGGCAGUCUCUGAUCAGGCGGAGCCGGCGGCGCCUCGGCGGAAAAGCGGGCCUCUGGGCCGCAGUGGCCAACCCCCGCCCCUCACCCCACGUGGUUGGAGGUUUCCAGAAGCGCUGCCACCACCGCGCGGUGCCGCGCAUCUCCGGGCUGCCCGAGCGCUCGUUUACUGUCUGGCAUUCUCUCCGUCUAGCCGCCAUGAUAAGCGCCAGCCGAGCCGCGGCAGCCCGUCUCGUGGGCGCUGCAGCCUCCCGGGCCCCUGCCGCCGCCCGCCCCCAGGAUGGCUGGAAUGGCCUCAGUCAUGAGGCUUUUAGAAUUGUUUCAAGGCGGGAUUAUGCAUCAGAAGCAAUCAAAGGAGCCGUUGUUGGUAUUGAUUUGGGUACUACCAACUCCUGUGUGGCAGUUAUGGAAGGUAAACAAGCAAAGGUGCUGGAGAAUGCUGAAGGUGCCAGAACCACCCCUUCAGUUGUGGCCUUUACAGCAGAUGGUGAGCGACUUGUUGGCAUGCCAGCCAAACGGCAGGCUGUCACCAACCCAAACAACACCUUCUAUGCUACCAAGCGACUCAUUGGCCGGCGAUAUGAUGACCCGGAAGUACAGAAAGACAUUAAAAAUGUUCCCUUUAAAAUCGUCCGUGCCUCCAAUGGUGACGCCUGGGUUGAGGCCCAUGGGAAACUUUAUUCUCCAAGUCAGAUAGGAGCAUUUGUGUUGAUGAAGAUGAAAGAGACUGCAGAAAAUUACUUGGGGCACACAGCAAAAAAUGCUGUGAUCACAGUCCCAGCUUAUUUCAAUGACUCACAGAGACAGGCCACUAAGGAUGCUGGCCAGAUAUCUGGACUAAAUGUGCUUCGAGUGAUUAAUGAGCCCACAGCUGCUGCCCUGGCCUAUGGUCUAGACAAAUCAGAAGACAAAGUCAUUGCUGUAUAUGAUUUAGGUGGCGGAACUUUUGAUAUUUCUAUCCUGGAAAUUCAGAAAGGAGUAUUUGAGGUGAAAUCUACGAAUGGGGACACUUUCUUAGGGGGUGAAGACUUUGACCAGGCCUUGCUACGACACAUUGUGAAGGAGUUCAAGAGAGAGACAGGGGUUGAUUUGACCAAAGACAACAUGGCCCUUCAAAGGGUACGGGAAGCUGCUGAGAAGGCCAAGUGUGAACUCUCCUCAUCUGUGCAGACCGACAUCAACUUACCAUAUCUUACAAUGGAUGCUUCUGGACCCAAGCAUUUGAAUAUGAAAUUGACUCGUGCUCAGUUUGAAGGGAUCGUCUCUGAUCUAAUCAGGAGAACCAUUGCUCCAUGCCAGAAAGCUAUGCAAGAUGCAGAAGUCAGCAAGAGUGACAUAGGAGAAGUGAUUCUUGUGGGUGGCAUGACUAGGAUGCCCAAGGUUCAGCAGACUGUGCAGGAUCUUUUUGGCCGAGCCCCAAGUAAAGCCGUCAAUCCAGAUGAGGCUGUGGCCAUUGGAGCUGCCAUUCAGGGGGGUGUGUUGGCCGGUGAUGUUACAGAUGUGCUGCUUCUGGAUGUCACUCCCCUGUCUCUGGGUAUUGAAACUCUAGGAGGUGUCUUUACCAAACUUAUUAACAGGAAUACCACUAUCCCAACCAAGAAGAGCCAGGUGUUUUCUACUGCUGCUGAUGGGCAGACCCAAGUAGAGAUUAAAGUGUGUCAGGGUGAGAGAGAGAUGGCUGGAGACAACAAACUUCUUGGACAGUUUACUCUGAUUGGAAUUCCUCCAGCUCCUCGUGGAGUCCCUCAGAUUGAAGUUACAUUUGACAUUGAUGCCAAUGGGAUUGUACAUGUUUCUGCCAAAGAUAAGGGCACAGGACGUGAGCAGCAGAUCGUAAUCCAGUCUUCUGGUGGGUUAAGCAAAGACGAUAUUGAAAAUAUGGUUAAAAACGCAGAGAAGUAUGCUGAGGAAGACCGCCGAAAGAAGGAACGAGUUGAAGCAGUUAAUAUGGCUGAAGGAAUCAUUCAUGAUACAGAAACCAAGAUGGAAGAAUUCAAGGACCAAUUGCCUGCUGAUGAGUGCAACAAGCUAAAAGAAGAGAUUUCCAAAAUGAGGGAGCUGUUGGCUAGAAAAGACAGUGAAACAGGAGAAAACAUCAGGCAGGCAGCAUCCUCCCUUCAGCAGGCAUCACUGAAGCUCUUCGAAAUGGCAUACAAAAAGAUGGCGUCUGAGCGAGAAGGCUCUGGAAGUUCUGGCGCUGGGGAACAAAAGGAAGAUCAAAAGGAAGAGAAACAGUAAUAGUAGCAGUAAAUUUUGGAGCUGAAAGGACAACAUAUGAAGCUUGGGAGUGAAGGGACUUCCUGAGCAGAAAUGGGCAAACUUCAGUCUUUACUGUGUUUUUGCAGUAUUCUAUAUAUAAUUUCCUUGAUUUGUAAAUUUAGUGGCCAUUAGCUAAUGAUCAUUUAAUGGGCAAUAAUUCCAACAGUACAAAAGUUCACAGUGUCCUAUGUCCCUAGCCUGUCAUACUUUUUCAGCUGCAUGUCCAGGGGGGUAGGAUGAGUUAUUGAUCAUUAUAAAGAUUUAACAUUGUUUUGUGCUAAAGUGGCCAUAUUUUCAUGGUGUGAAACAGUCUCACACACAAUGAAGGUAGUCAGCUGUAGACUUGGAGUGAGACCACAUGGGUAUGAAAUCCUUCUAGUUAGCCAAGUACUGCUAUAUUGACCUGUGUGUAAAUGGGGUCCUUCACCCGAGGCCUUGCAAGGCAAGCUAGCUGUGCUAUGUUUAUAAAUGGGGCAGAAGAAGAAUGGGAAACUCAGCUAUUUAUGUUAGGUACAGCUAUUAAAACAAGAUAGUAAUGAGGCUGGCUAGGGUCCCUAACUUUCUUAAGACACACUUUUCUAGCUACCUUCUGCCCUAUGUUUGACACCUAGGUCCUUGAUUGUUAUUUUUAUCCAUUCUGGAUUUUUUAAAAAAAUAAAUAUGAAAAGCAUCUUUAUCUCUUGUUUAUAAGGGGCGAGGCCCUGAGAUUUAGCUCAGGAAUAUAACAUGAUUUAUACCUCCCAUAUCUUCCAAAGAGGGAAAUACAGGAUUUUCUAAUGCAAGCUAGAAAAGGCAAACAAAUUCAAGAUUUGAAAGGGCUGGUAUGAUGAAAUAAUAAGCAGUAUCAGCACAGGCAUUCUGAUUAUGAGGGCUUUUAUUUUCUAAGACCCAUCUUAGCAUGAAAACCAGGGUAGUUAUUUGUAGGUUGCUGUCAACUCCACAUAGCAAAAUCCAACUGGAAUUGGCUUACAUUAAAGAAACUAACGUUUAGAAAAAAGUCCCAAGAUAAGAUUUCAGUGGUUCAAAAAUAACAGGAACCCAGAUUCUUUCCCUAUUUCUGCUCUUAUAUCCACAGAGUAUUGACUUGUCCCAUAUUCUCUGAUGUAGUUCUAAGUACUACAUACUGACAACUUAGAAAGGUGACUACAUCUUGUAUCUCAUUAAACGUGAAGAAUUAUUUCCAGAGUCUCCCAACAGACUUUUCAUGUUUCGUGGAUUACUGUCAUAUGCCACGCUUAAAGGAGUCUGUUAUCAAGAUGGGCUUAGAACAUCAGAUGUAAUGGCUCCUUUUGUAAUAUGUAGAAAUGACUCAUGUAUUUGCAAAAGUCAAUCUUAGAAAUUUAACGUUCUAGUGUGAAGGAAGUGAUUCAGACUAUAACAUUCCGGGAAAUUUUGGUGUUAGCACCUGUGUAUAAGAUUUUUGGGAUUCAUGUAAGAAAUAAACUCUGAAGGAUUUUAGCCCCGUGAA